UCUGCUCCCACCUUUGAGAGCCUUUUCCCGCCAGACAAGCUUGCUCACAGGUGGCCAUGACCUCACUGCCCCCUGGAACCACUGGGGACCCCGAUUUGUUUUCUGGGCUGUCGCCAGCCGGCUCCACUCCAGCCAACCAGAGUGCAGAGGCUUCAGAGAGCAAUGUGUCUGCGACGGUUCCCAGAGCUGCAGCAGUCACGCCGUUCCAGAGCCUGCAACUGGUGCACCAGCUGAAGGGACUGAUCGUGAUGCUGUACAGCAUCGUGGUGGUCGUGGGUCUGGUGGGCAACUGCCUUCUUGUGCUGGUGAUCGCGCGCGUGCGCCGGCUGCACAACGUGACCAACUUCCUCAUCGGCAACCUGGCCUUGUCCGAUGUGCUCAUGUGUGCCGCCUGUGUGCCUCUCACGCUGGCCUACGCCUUUGAACCUCGCGGCUGGGUGUUCGGUGGAGGCCUGUGCCACCUUGUUUUCUUCCUGCAGCCGGUCACCGUCUACGUAUCGGUGUUCACACUCACCACAAUCGCUGUGGACCGCUAUGUGGUUCUGGUGCACCCGCUACGUCGGCGCAUUUCACUGAAGCUCAGCGCCUACGCGGUGCUGGGCAUCUGGGCUCUAUCUGCAGUGCUGGCGCUGCCGGCCGCGGUGCACACCUACCAUGUGGAGCUCAAGCCCCACGACGUGCGCCUCUGCGAGGAGUUCUGGGGUUCGCAGGAGCGUCAGCGCCAGAUCUACGCCUGGGGGCUGCUGCUGGGCACCUAUUUGCUCCCCCUGCUGGCCAUCCUCCUGUCUUACGUCCGGGUGUCAGUGAAGUUGCGGAACCGCGUGGUGCCUGGCAGCGUGACCCAGAGCCAGGCUGACUGGGACCGAGCGCGUCGCCGUCGCACUUUCUGCCUGCUGGUGGUGGUGGUGGUCGUGUUCGCGGUCUGCUGGCUGCCUCUGCACAUUUUCAACCUGCUGCGGGACCUGGACCCGCGUGCCAUCGACCCCUACGCCUUCGGGCUGGUGCAGCUCCUCUGCCACUGGCUUGCCAUGAGCUCCGCCUGCUACAACCCCUUCAUCUAUGCGUGGCUGCACGAUAGCUUCCGAGAGGAGCUACGCAAGAUGCUUCUGUCCUGGCCCCGCAAGAUCGUGCCUCAUGGCCAGAACAUGACCGUUAGUGUGGUCAUCUGAUGUCACUCUGCCGGGUCU